AUGCUGGUGGCGGUGCGGGAGUAUCGGCGGGAGGAGGUUCAGCGCAUAUGCGGGGCACCGGCGGAGGCACUGGUCUCGUACUACACGCUUCUCCGCAACAAGAAUGAGGCAGUCAUGGCGGAUGUCACGGAUGUCCGGGCGAGAAAAAACAUGAAUUUUGACUACUACGCGACCUCCGCCGGGGACCUCUUUGCGGAGGCUGUGAUGCCCAUCCUGCGUGCCCUCUUGCCCCCCGUUUCUGUGCCACAGGUGGCGGUUGUGGCGGACGGGGCGGAGACGACGCGCUUCCACGCCUUGCUUGACCCGGAAGAGGGACUUGUGCCACUCUGCUGGCGGGUGCUGACGGGGACGGUGGAGUUUGGAGACCUGCUCGAGGCAGUCUACCUCGCCGUUGUGGAACUGGACGACGGCAAUCGCCUGCGGGACCUGACGCCCGGGGGCCCCGCGGAGGCGGAGCCGAUCAUCAUAGAGGACGCUGACGACCACUUCACCGCCGUGGAAGACGCGUGCUACGUCGAGCUUCGGACAGAGGCCGAUGUUGCGCGACUACUGCAACAUGCGCGCCGGGUAGCGGUGCCGGAGCGGCAUCAAGUUUUUAGCUUCAUCCUCUCCUACACGGAGGCAUCAGGGCUGCCGAACUCCACCAUUCAGUUCGUCGCGCUGUCCGUGUCUGAAAUGACGCGGGGCAUGCGGUCGACGCGGCACUGCAUCACCACGGCGGCGUCGCUUAUAGAGAGCCGGUCUCCGUCCAUGACGUUUUCAGGGACGAAACUCUCCUUUCUGCUUAAACCGGCUCUUUUUUGCCAACAACCGGGUUUGUGGAUUUCUUGUUUUGCCCCAAAUAGCGUCUCAGCGCUUCCACGGCGAGAAACUUUUAAGGAGGCCUUCUGCAUUGCACACACACUCUCUCGUGUGUACAGCUCACGCGUUGGUCUGGGCCUCAGUGAGGCCUAUCACCGCAGAAGCGGUAGGGACAGGCAGUAUUCGCAUGGAGUCGGUGAGGAGCAGGUGGAGAUACAACCCCGCACGGAGGUCCCGAAGCCGAGCUCGUUGAGCUGCUUGGAGAAGCCGAGGGGGAGCUUGAAGGGAGCUGUCUCGUCAAUAUCGCGCCCGUCCGAAUCUGGGUCACUGCUGUCCUCGCAGGCCGCGUCGCCGUUCGCGCCCAACGUGUCCCAGCCCCACGACGGGCACCAUGUAAACGGUUCCUCCCAUCGAAUUGUUGAGGACGAGGUGUCCCCGGCCGUGGCGACGCGGGAGGUGCCAAUGGGGCUUCUUGUCACACCCUCUGGGCAGAGAAGUAAACCACUCGACGAAAAGAAAACACUACCGGAAAAACGCGGGGAGCGCAUAGACGGUGGUCGGCGGUCGUUGAGCCGUCCAUCGCACGACCGGUGCAGUUCAGUGGAGAGGCAUCCAUACAACUGUAGUGCACGAUAUGAGUUAGAGACGUACAAGCGGGUGAUGGAGCCGGCAAUGGAGCAGCUGCGCAGAGACGCUCAGCACUACGUGACCUUGCUGAAGGACGCGAGGCGGCAGAUUAGGCAGUUGAAGCGUGCCAACAGCGAGGAGAAUGGGGUAGAACAGUUACGGGCCUCCCUCGUAGCAGCCAGGCGAGAGCGCGAGAUGCUGGAGGCGGAUUUCGCCAAACGUGAAGAGCUGUUGCAAGCAAGGGUGGAUGAGCUUGAGUCUCGGUGCGAAGGCCUCUGCAGGGAGUCGCAGCAGCGGGAGUUGCAUGCCGUACCCGGGCGAGAAAAGUUACGGCAAGCGAGUGUUGCAACCCAGACACGCAACACAGUGCCUCAUUUUGCUUCACCACCGUCGUCGCCGUCGCCUGCGGCGGCACCAGCGGCGGCACCGUUGCCGCUGGAGGAGGGGUUAGUUGCGUCCCAGACUCUACAACAGGACUCUGCAGGAAACGAUAUACAGCGUGCAUCGCAGUGGCUUGAAGUUAUCAGUUAUCAUCAGCGGGAAUUGGAGGAUUAUGCGGAGCGUGAACGUUCUUACCGCAGCCGCAUCCUCCUUUUGGAACAGACGCUUGCCGAACGUGUGUCUGAGGCGGAAGAGGCAAAGAAAGAGUUAAUGCGACGAGAACACGAACUCUCUCUAGAGGCAGUGAAGAGCCAACAACGAGAGCACGAGCGGAAAAUGGAGCGAAGUUAUUUGGAGGAUGUGGAAGGUUUGCGUGCGGAAGUGGCUGAGGCGAAUAGGGCCAGUUCAAAGGCGGAGCAUCAGCUUGAAAAGUGUCUUCUUGAGUUGGAACAGGAGCGGAAGCAACGAGAGGCCUCAGAGGCGGCGCUGCGACGUCUGCAGGAGAAAUCUGCUCAACAUAUGGAGAGUGGGGGGGCGAAGGAGAUGGUGCAGAUGCUGAAGGAGAGCUACGAGCGCCAUGUUCAGCACCUUCAACGGGAAGUAGAGGAGCUGCGGGCAUCGACCCGUCACGCGGCUGCAAAUGAGGCGAUUCCUCGAGAAAAUGCCUCCACAACAUCUACGCCUUUGCACCGGACACAAGGGCGUCCAGGUGGCGGUAUGGUCUCUCCCACAGUUGAGGCGAUGCACGAUAAACCUGUGUUUUCCUCUAGGCAUUCGCUGCGGGAGGAAACACGUACCACCAGCGCUGACCCUCCCACGCAGUUCCAAUCCCAAUCCAUCUCUGUUCGAGGUGAAGUAAGAAAAUUUGAGGACUUUAUGAAGGAGGAGCCGUCAUACACUUUCCGUUUGCCAAAGGCACUUGGCCGCACCCACUCUUCGUGA